UUUGGUUAUUAAAAAAAUGUAAAAGGUACAAUAAAUUAUGAUCAAGAGUAAUAAAUUCUCGUAAACGCUAGACUUUUAACGCAUGUCAAAACUAUUAUUUUAAAAAAAAUCAGAACCACUUAUAGGCACCUGCCUAGAUUGCUAUUGAAGUACCCUACUGUGGAAAUUAUAUCAGAUAACAAAAAGUCAAAGUCCUUAUCUUUCAGACUAUUUCAGUCCACAAAAUUGAUGAUUGUACUGUAUUUAGCUUAGCUGCUAUUUCCUCUAUGAUUUAUAACUUAAACAAAUGUUGAUAAAACAAGUGGCUUACCACACAUUAAAAGUAGGAAUUUCCUAAUGACAAUUUCAACAAAGAAAGUGAUAUUUCAGUACCAUCUCCUCUGGCUGGAUCUGGUCCAGGGGGGCACAAACCCUCAUUUAAAAGCACCAAAUUGGCUCGACGGGCACGUUCGUUUAAAGACGAUUUUUUGGAAAAAAUAUCACAAAUCCGCAGUCCCACGAAUCAAGGGAUUCGAUCGCACAGUCCCAAAAGUAGAAUGCAUAAGCCGGAUACCGUUGACGGUGCGCCAUCUUCGAAAGGGCCUGUAAAUGAACUGGAUGUGCUUGCCAAACAAGUGCAGGUGGCCCUCAAGCACUUUCGGGAUGUUGUUUCAAAAAAUAUAUUGGAAAUGCUGCCAGGUAACGGAACCAUUGUCCUUGAUACAGUUUGGGCGAUAAAUUUGGCUGUGAAGUCGUCUGUGUCAUCAGAAUUUAGUAAUAGUAUUGUUUCGGCAACUCAUCAUAUGUAUCAAAGUGUUGCGCGUCUCAUUAAAUUAUGUGAUGAUGUUCUUAUCGAUGGGGCAGAAAGUUCUGCUUUGAAUCAGGAUAAUGUAACAGAAGUAGUCGCACAAGUAGAGGAUGCUGUUAAGACUUUAAUCAAACUGGCAAAGGAAAAAAUAAUGCACCAACAUACUAUAUCGUACAAAACAACACCAAGAAGUUCGUUCGGAAAUGCAUCACUGGAUAUAUCUACACAACGAAAUUCCUUGCCAGAUAUACCCCUAACGCCGCGCGAAAGGCAAAUACUAGAGCAAACUUCAUGUGUUCCUGGAAAAGUGAGAAGUAGUCACAGUUCAGAAUCUGUUUUAAGAGAUAACAGUCCACCUCCAAAGCCACCUUUGCCUGAUAGUAUGUAUAACAUGUGUCGGAUGGAUGAAUCCAAUGUACUUCCUCCUCCACUACCACCUAAAAAAAAGGGAAACAAUCGUAGUUAUCAGCUGAUGGAUGAAUGUUUCAGUUCGGACAAUUCCUUAUUUGCAUCAAGUCUUGAAAGAAUCUCACUUAGGUCAAGAUCUCCAGAAGAUUCAAGUUCUUUACUCUCCGCUAGUGCAGGUAGUUUAGAUUCCAUGCUUAAUCAAUCAAGGGAGGAAGAAGAAAUUCGAGCUUUAAUGGACCACCAUACUGAUGCAGAUGCAUUAGUUUUGGACAAUGACAUAUCGGGUAUCGCCGGUGCUAACGGUAUAGAUAAUUAUUGGGACGAUUCGUUAUUAUCUAACGUCCAAGACUCAUCCAUAUCGCUGUUAAAUCAGUCCAACGAAUUGAAUAUCACAAAUAAGGAAAUGAAUCGAUUAUCAAACGCAGAUUCGGGGUUCGUGUCGAUGGUCUCUCAAAGAAGUUCGGGUUAUUCAAAACGUAGUUCACAACAGAGCACGGUUAGUUCGCAAUGGAGCAGCCAGCAAGGAUUUGCCAAGCAUUCGGUUACGGAGAUAACAAAGUCUGAAAAUGUCAUUCAGAAAACUUUCACAUCCCAAAGUAGAACUGAAGUUAAUUUUAAACAUAAUACAAGUAGCAGUAGUACCGUUUCUAAUUUUCAUAGUAAUGGCCAGUCAUUUACACGGGAUGAAGUUUUUGAAGAAGCUCCACCUGCGAUUCCUCAAAAGACAAGGCGAAAACCGGAGCGCCAACCUUCGCCAUACGAUAAUGUACCUGAUGAUAGUUUGAGUGGUGAGUUAUUAGUGGCCUGUCAGUUACAUCAAUCGCAAAAUACACCAAGUUCUGAUGUUAACGUGGUACAAGAUGGGAAACCUCCACCUUUACCUCUUAAAAAGAAACAUAUAAUGGCCUAUAUGGAGAUGUUUGGAAAUUGCUCACAUGCAAACGAUCAAGAAUUUAUGCGCCAUUCAAUACAUAUGGUUCAAGGUCAGUGGGUGCAACCACAAAGCCCCGGAAUGCCUACGACUCAAUCUUGUACAUUUAGUCAUAGUUCGCAGACAUCUAGCCGAUUCACAACACAUUCGCAAGUUCAAACCUUAACUCUACAAUCGAUCGGAGACAACACAAUAACAACACCAUCACCUUUAAAAUCGCCCAAUUCAUCAGUAAUGUCAUCGACAAGUAAUGGUAUGCCUCCAGCAUUGCCCCCAAAACGCACAAGAGCCCGUACGAAAUCGAACAUAUCAGAGCCGCCUAUGUCUCCAACUCUUCCCGAAAGAAAAUCUUCCCCAGUGAAGUCAUUGCCUGAUCUUUUGGAACAUACAACCUCGGCCUUAAAAGCAGACGAAAAGCAAACGGAAAAGGCGGAAAAUGACGAGUACAAAAGCGCGCGUGAUUUAGAUCUUAUAGAAGAAUUAGACGUUAGCAAGCAGUUAGUUAUUAAGAAAUCGGACGAAGAUGGACCAGAAAUACGCGGUGGACAAGUGGACGCGCUAAUUAUUAUGGCAACUAAGGCAACAAAGAACGGAGAGGAAAAAGAAAAUGUGUUUACAUAUCAAGAGGCUUUUCUCACCACGUAUCGUACUUUUAUAUCACCAUACGAAUUAAUUAACAAACUUAUCCGGCGAUAUAAUCACUUUUACUGUAUACCAGACCGUAAGCCACGAUCUCGGGAGGCUUUUGCUUUGAUAGUUAGAGUUGUUAGCGACUUAACUCCAUCGGAUUUGGGGAGCAACUUGCAGCAAGUUCUAAUGGAUUUUGUGCAGCAGUUAAUCUCGUGUGGCGAAUUAACUUUGGCAAAAGCUUUACGAGUGAAACACCUUGAAAAACACGAAGCAAAAAAACGUAGCAUUGCGCUUACGAAUUAUCAGAGCAGCUUGACUUUAUGCUCGCGAAUAUCCACGCUCCUCGACUUCAAGUCUGAGCAAAUUGCCGAGCAAAUGACACUUUUGGACGCCGACCUCUUUAUGAAGAUAGAAAUUCCAGAGGUGCUCAUUUGGGCGCAGGAGCAGAAUGAGGAGCGUAGUCCAAAUCUGACACGAUUUACUGAGCAUUUUAAUAAGAUGUCAUAUUGGGCCAGAACAAGAAUAUUGAGUGUAGAUGCCAAAGAUAGAGAGAAGUAUUUUAUGAAGUAUAUCAAGAUUAUGAAACACCUGCGAAAAAUCAAUAAUUUCAAUUCGUAUCUUGCAUUACUAUCCGCCCUUGAUUCCGCACCAAUUCGAAGGUUGGAAUGGCAGAAGCAUGUUCAGGAAGGUUUAAAAGAGUAUUGCGCUCUUAUUGAUAGUUCGUCCAGUUUUCGAGCGUAUCGACAAGCACUAGCCGAAACUCAGCCGCCCUGUAUUCCAUACAUAGGUCUUGUACUUCAAGAUCUAACAUUCGUACAUAUUGGUAACAGUAAUUUAUUGCAAGAUGGAUCAAUUAACUUUUCUAAACGUUGGCAACAAUUCAACAUAGUAGAAAAUAUGAAGAGGUUUAAAAAAUGUACAUACUCAUUUAAGAAAAAUGAUCGUAUUAUAAACUUCUUUCAAAAUUUUGACGACUUCAUCGGUGAAGAUGCAAUGUGGCAACUUUCUGAAUCGAUUAAACCCCGAGGCGGUAAGAAAACAACUUAAUAAGGUUUUGAUUAGGAAAGUUUAUUACGUCGAAUAGUACAAUUUUUGAUAUGUAACAACAAUUUUAUUGUACAACAUUUUGAUAGGCUUUAUUAGUACUAAUUCUAAUUAAUUGUUAUAUUUGUGUUUAAAAACUAUAAAAAAACUGCGAGACAGCUUUAAAUUUAUCGCACCUUUUAUCAUGUUUUUAAUACGGCUUAUUGUUCAUAUAACAAUUGCGCAAUGAAUUGUAGAGCAACGAACUCUUUUUAUUACCUUUUUAGAAAUCUUAUUGAAUGUUUUUCGAGUCUCACGUGUUGCUCUUAUUUACGCAAUUCUUAUGUAUGUGUAUUCUACGUUAAUAUUAAAUAGAACAUAUCUACUAUAUGAAUGGUUAGACACUAAACAAAUAUUUGUACAUAAACUAGUCCUAAUUUAUGUAGCUAUCGAAGCGUUCUGAACAUUUUCAAAAUGUACGAAUCCGACCAUCAGUAAUGGAACACUUUGAUAGCUGAUGCUGUGAUUAUCAAAUUUUGCUAAAUAUAAGCAAAUGCAUUCUAUUAUGACUGAUUCUAUUGUUGCAAAAGCACAUAAUAUUUAGGAAAUUUCUUCAGUUUAGCACAUCUUCUGUAGCGUAAACCAAACCAAACAAUCGGUUUUUUUACUUGAGGAUUAUGUUUUCUUCAUAUGAUCUACAUUUAUCCAGUCGGGUGAGUUCUUAUGUAAAUAUUACCUACACAAACACCAACAGCGUCCUCUCGUAUUGUAAUCUAAAAAUUACUUCCUAUAAUAAUUUCAUAGUACUGUUACUACUUUUUCAGAUCUCUAUAAGUGGUGCCUCGUGAGUUCUAAAAAAGGUGGGCACAAGUAAAAUCUUGCCCAUUAUUCGUGUACAUAACAUUAUUUUUGUUCAUUUUUCAACCCGGAAAAG